AUCCACCAGCCAUGGGGCUUCCCAAACAAGCUGCUAUUUCUGGAGGGGUGGGUCUCCCUCUCCCGGGUGGUGCAAGAGCCCCAAAUCACUGCCACGUCCGUCCCUCUGAUUGCCUUGUCGAUGGCAGAAGGUGUCCUUAUGCAGAAGGCAGCGCUCACCCCUGCGUUUUGCUUCAGACUAAUGAUUGCCCGGUUGGAUGCUCACAUGCUAUCUCUGUAAACAUAUGGCAGAGCUUUACACUGUAAUGUGAUUAUGUGCUGGUGGAAGGUGAAACUGUCUGCAUUCGGAUCUCGGCGUUGCAGCGGCUUUCUGCAUAGCGUUUGGGAUACAGAUAUCUUACUCCGAUCCACUUGCCGCUGGAGGCAAUAAGCACACAAUGAAUGAGCACCUACAUGUUGGUAGCCACGGCCAGAUCCAGGUUCAGCAGCUGUUCGAAGACAAUAGCAACAAGAGGACAGUUCUAACGACACAACCAAAUGGACUUACAACAGUAGGCAAAUCUGGAUUGCCAGUGGUUCAGGACAGACAGCUGGAUAGUGCUCACAGGCGACAGGGGAGCUCCAGCUCUUUAAAAUCUACAGAUGGAACAGGGAAGGUAAAAGCCUCCCCUAUGACACCAGAGCAAGCAAUGAAGCAAUACAUGCAAAAAUUAUCAGCCUUUGAACACCAUGAAAUUUUCAACUACCCUGAAAUAUACUUUUUGGGUCCAAAUGCAAAGAAACGGCAAGGCGUGAUUGGUGGGCCAAACAAUGGUGGAUAUGACGAUGACCAGGGGUCUUACGUGCAAGUACCCCAUGAUCAUAUUGCAUACAGGUAUGAAGUCCUGAAAGUGAUAGGGAAAGGAAGCUUUGGGCAAGUUGUGAAAGCCUAUGAUCACAAGAUACAUCAGCAUGUGGCAUUAAAAAUGGUGAGAAAUGAAAAACGUUUCCACCGCCAAGCUGCGGAAGAAAUCCGAAUUUUGGAGCAUCUAAGGAAGCAAGAUAAGGAUAACAACAUGAAUGUCAUUCAUAUGUUGGAAAACUUCACAUUCCGCAACCAUAUCUGCAUGACAUUUGAGUUGCUGAGUAUGAAUCUUUAUGAGCUAAUAAAGAAAAACAAAUUUCAGGGCUUCAGCCUGCCUUUGGUUCGCAAGUUUGCCCACUCAAUUCUACAGUGCUUGGAUGCUUUGCACAAAAAUAGAAUCAUUCACUGUGACCUUAAACCAGAGAACAUUCUCUUGAAGCAGCAGGGUAGAAGUGGUAUUAAGGUUAUUGAUUUUGGCUCUAGUUGUUAUGAACAUCAGCGUGUCUACACUUACAUUCAGUCACGGUUUUACCGUGCUCCAGAAGUGAUCCUUGGUGCUCGUUAUGGGAUGCCUAUUGAUAUGUGGAGCUUAGGUUGCAUUCUAGCAGAGCUUCUAACAGGUUAUCCACUCUUGCCUGGAGAAGAUGAAGGGGACCAGCUGGCUUGUAUGAUAGAGCUGUUGGGCAUGCCCUCCCAAAAACUGCUAGAUUCAUCCAAACGAGCCAAAAACUUUGUAAGCUCUAAGGGUUAUCCCCGUUAUUGUACUGUUACAACUUUGUCUGAUGGUUCUGUAGUACUCAAUGGUGGCCGUUCCCGGAGGGGAAAAUUGCGUGGCCCACCAGAGAGCAGAGAGUGGGGGAAUGCAUUAAAGGGAUGUGAUGAUCCCCUCUUCCUUGACUUUUUAAAACAGUGUUUAGAAUGGGAUCCUGCUAUACGUAUGACGCCCAGCCAGGCUUUACGUCAUCCCUGGCUUAGGAGACGUUUGCCAAAGCCUCCAACUGGGGAGAAGACAUCGACAAAAAGAAUAACGGAGAGCACUGGUGCUAUAACGUCAAUUUCCAAGUUACCUCCAACUUCAAGCUCAGCUUCAAAACUGAGGACUAAUUUGGCUCAGAUGACAGAUGCCAAUGGGAAUAUUCAGCAGAGAACAGUGUUGCCAAAACUCGUUAGCUGAGUUUGAAAAACCCCACUGCUGGUUAUACAAGAGAUACUACAUGGCUGAGCCUUAUUCAUAUGAAGUAGCUCAGAUUUCUAUUUUUAUUUGCUCAAUAACUAUUCAUUUGUAUCUUUCAAGCACUCAUUUUAAAUGUAAGAAAUGUUGAUUUUCUUUUUAUAAAAUAUGGGGACGAUGCUUUAAGUUUUGUACUUCUUUUUAAAAAUGUUUGUCUUCUAAAGUACAAUUAGCCUUACUGUAAUUAGUGUGGCACGGUAAUAAACAUCAGUGGCAGGCCACUGGUUACAACUUGACUGUCAUGCAUUACAGCGUGGCAUCAAAGAUGUUAACCUUUCUUUCCAUGGUUUGGAUUAGUUUUCCUUUAGGAUAAUUUUGUAAUUCUCUUCCAUACUUACCCCCAAUGAUGAUGGCCCCAAUCUGGCAAAAAAUGAACUUGUGCUUGUCUUUGGUUUGCUUGGUUUGUUUGAGAUUACUCAUCUGAGUAGUUUGACACCUGUGUAAGCACUUUCAGAAUUGAGGCCAUAGCAUCUAAUAUUGUCAUUUUCUCCAUGAUGUUUUGAGGAAGCUGAGACUUCAUAAUGAUACAGCCACAUCCUAGAGAAUUUUUAAAAAAUGAGACAUAAUGUUAAUGAUUAAAACAAAUGUGCAGGCAUCAGUGCAAAAAAAAGUUGCUGGGACUAAGAAUACCUUAUUAGCAUUCAUACCCUGUAUUAAAAGGAGAGGAACAGACAGUGGGAGGAUGAAUGAGGGUGGGAUUGUAUGUGUUCCUCUAAAUCUUAAUAAGACAGAUGAGCCACUUUGAAGAAAUGUAAAGGAAAAUGUUUUGCACUUAAUUUCAGGUGUACAGCCAACAUCGCUCACUUUUGGUUUCUUUCUUUUUUUUUUUUUUUUUCCCUCCUAUUUUCUCCUCUCUGCUUAAGUGAAGCCAGGGCUCGCUACAUCAUAUUUGCAGUUGUUGUCACCUUUAUACUGUACCUCCCAGACUGUUAAUGCUACAUAGGUUUCACAGAUAUUUUUUCCAGACAAUCUCUAGUUGAUGGAUUAUGACCUCAUUGGUACAUUGUAACCUUCUGAUCAAAUCUGUAUGCAAGGACAAAACACUAUUUGCUCUUCUAGAGAACUACCAUGUGAAGAUUGUUAAAUCUUAGCAUGUUAAUUGCAUCCUUUGUGGAUGACAUCAGCUUAAUUGGUGGAAUAGUUGGUACAUCUCUAAGGGAGAAACAUCAAGGGAAAGUUUAAGUGAUUUGAAUUAAUCUUUAGCAUGAUAGCUGAAGAGAACCUUGAAGGAACAGUAGAGAUUUAUGUAUAUAUGUGUGUGUGUGUGUGUGUGUGUGUGUGUGUGUGUGUGUGUGUGUGUACACGUGUGCACACACAUGUAUGUGUUUUAAUUGCACUCAUGGAAAGAAGGUGGUCCUAAUCAAGGGAUGAGAACCAGGAUUAAGUAAGAAUUACUGUGCAGUGCAACAUAUUUUUGAAUAAAGCAGUUUGAAACGUAAAAUCAGUAUUAAAUCAUAUGCAGUGAUAAUAAUCUACAUUGGAUUGUGAAGGACAGGCAAAGGGAAUUUUAAGGAAAGGGAAGGGUUUGUGGAUGUUAGAAUGAGCGACCUUAGGAUGGAUUUCAUAAAACUUCAAUAACUUUAUUAUAAACAAUGUUUAUGUGCACAGACUUCACUACGUUACUUCUAAAAAUUAUUAAAAAUACUUAAAGCACGGUCCCCAGAGAGGCUAAGAAAGUUUCCGGUUAAAUUCUCUUACAUAUUCAUUGAGAUUUUCACUUAAAACUUAAAUUGCUCUUAAUUAUUUUAAAUUAACUUAAAAUUCUGGGGGUGCGAUAGUAAUAAGAAAAGAUAGAACUCUCAGGAAACAUACAACUGUUUGCCAAAAAGUCAAUACAUAAAGAAACCCCAAAAAUAAUUUGUGAAAAAGGAUGAUGUUUAUUAAUUGCUAACUUUAACACUAGAGCUUUGAUAAACUAAUGUUCUUACUAUUUUUUUAAAUUAUAGUUCCCUGUCCCAGUGUUAAAUGUACACAAUUUUAUACAGUGUGUGUAAGUGCAAUAUGUAAGCUUAUAUGGAAUCAUGUUCAAAACUGAGAUACAAUAAUACAACUAAAAUAAAAGUGGCAUUGUAAUCCAAAUAUCCAUUAAUUUAUGAUUGGUAAUUUCUAGGUCUAGAAAAUAGACUUCUAGGCCUAUUAGCUUUCUUAUAAAAAAAAAAAAAUUAGAUUCUUAUGAUAACUAUAUUUUUCUGCAGUAACUGGGAUUCCCCCUCUACCAUUAGCUGUUUAGGAAAUUCACAAAUGUUAAAGCAUGAAGAUUGCAUUAUAUUAGGGAAGGCAAUAGUUUUCCCCAUCACAUUUUAAAUUGAAGAUUGAUUUCUGUUCCUGGUUUCAGUGUAAAUGUAAAGAGAAAACAUUUAUAACAUCGUUCAUGGGUCAUUAAUAGGCUAAAACCACUACAUUUUCUGUUUCAUGUAACCAGUUCUUAAAUGCCAAUAAUGCAUUUGUGAUUGACUUUAUUCAUGAAUGCUACCGGAAACUUUUAGGCCAAAAUAUAGUGUGCAGAGCUAUUUUUUUAACCCAAUGCAUUGAAACUUCAACUAUACCUAAAGAAGCAGCUAUGUUAUGGUUUUUAGUGAUCUAGCUGCUUUUUAUUGUAGCUUAUUUCUAAAUGUAAAAAGAAGGAAAAAGGAAAAGGAUGUUGCUUUGAUGUGAUUUUUAUUAUAAGGGCUCUGAUAAUUAGGCGCAUAGAAGUUGGCUUGGAAACAGUGCUUAGUCUCACAUGUAACCAUUGUCUAGGGAUGUCUGAGCUAUUUUCAGAUUUUAGUAAUAGCACAGUGUUGUCUUGUCUUUGGUUGCAGUCUCCUUUGGCUCAGUUUCUUGCACCACUGGAGUGUUCAUUACCACUUAAGUGUUUUGGAACAACAAAGUGAUGCAAGAUGUGUAGAUUAACAAUAGAGGAUAAAUUGUGCCCUUGGUGUUAACAAUGUGCCUUUUGUUAUAAAUGCCAUGUUGUAGGGCAUGCAUUGUGGCCUCUUUAACCCUUUGAAUACUAGAUAGUGAGGAUGAAAUCUAUUUUUAAAUGCUCUACCUGUCUUAAAAACAUCCUGUACUUUUUCAAGGCCUUAAUAGAUACCAUAAGGCAAUCAUACUACUAUGCUCGAUAGAACACUCUAUUCUUGUAGUAACUUCCAUGUUGCUUAAAGGGGUUAAAGAUGGCACUUCCUCAUUGGUUGUACCUUAACAUCAGACUGUUUUUUUUUUUAAAUAAAUUUUUGUUAUGAUAACACUAGACAGAAAUCAACUGUAUUUGUAAAAAUUUACCUCAAACCAUUUAAUUUUAUAGUGUGAUUUAAUCCCAGGGCAUUUGGUAUGAACCAAAGUGCAUUCCUUUUAUAUGUGCCUGGCUCUAAUAAAGGUGGCCAGGGAUUUUUACAAUUUGGGUGCAAGGCACUUAAGCCACUUUUAACUUGGUAGGUGGUGUGGAGUUCUAAAUGACUCCCGGAGAAUGUUAAAACACUUUAGGCAUAAGUAGCAUUGGGCAAUAUUAGAAUCUUUAAGAAAAGUGUGUAUUAUUUGCUACUCUCCAUUUGGAAAUGUAUAUAUUUUUUUCCAUCAAUGAUGUUUCCAAUAAGUAGGAAAAGAACACUUUGUUCCAUGUUGGUAAAGAUUUUAAUAUUGCCCAACAUACUGCUCCGGUAGCAUUUAAAUAAAAUAUACAUUUGUGAAUUAUUGUUUCUAGGGGCUUGUACAUCUCUGCUACGAAUUGUAAUUAAAAUCUCAGCUCAACUGCUACAACUAUGUCUAAGCAGUAGCUUGGGUUUUUAUUGAGCAACGACUUAGACACGUGACUGUAAUAUGCUGCAACUGUGUGUACUGAAAACGUGAAAAACGAUUGAAUGUUGACUGUGUAUAUAUGUAUGUAUAAUUUUCUGUGAGAUGCUGCUGUCGCCACUUAACAUUAAAGAUGUUGUAGUGGAUUUUAAUCCUAGUGGCCAGUUUUAUGAUACUGUAUGUAUUGUACAGCUGAUGACAGGAGUAAGACUGUUUUAGUGAAUAUUUGUUACAUUUUGUUGUUGUGGCCAGAGAUCAUUUCAGAAUAAAACUUUAUGUCCUACUUUA